CUGUCUGAUGAGGGUUGGGCAGAAUCAUCGAUGUGUAUAUCGCACAGAUGGGCUAAAAACCGAUAGAAAACACUAGUUUAACUAGGCGGAGCAGUCGACUACUAUCACGCAAUCUGCACAUGCCGUACGCAAUAUUGAUUCUCGUGGGAUGACCUUUAUUUUGCCCUGCACAAAAAUAGAUCGGUCCAUCAUUAAUUGGUCACAAUCGCAACAUUUUACGAAUAUAAAUUGGAGCUGGCUAGUUAGCAUGACUACUUAGAUAUCCAAAACAACACAAUCCAACACAGAAAAUGUAGGGAAUGACGUAAAUAAUAAAGACUCGUGCCGCCGGGUGUGUGAGGGUUAAAGUUGAAAGGUGAUGUUGUCAAUCGCUUCAACUCUCGCUGCGAUAAACAUGGCGGAAACCGAGCAGCAGGCAGGCUCCUCCCCUGAAGAUGACAAGCCGCCCCUUCCCAUCAGUCUCAAUUUCAUGGUACCCAAGAAAGAAAUCAGUAUGGUGCCAGACAUGGGCAAGUGGAAACGUUCCCAGGCCUAUGCUGAUUACAUGGGAUUCAUCCUGACCCUCAAUGAGGGUGUGAAGGGGAAGAAACUCACGUGUGACUACACGUUGUCAGAGACAGUGGAGAAGCUUCUCUCUCUGCUGGACACCCUGGACCGCUGGAUCGAUGAGACCCCGCCAGUGGACCAGCCCUCCCGUUUCGGAAACAAAGCCUACAGGACCUGGUACGCCAAGCUGGAAAAGGAAGCGGAGUCCCUGGUGGCCGCAGUCAUCCCCUCUGACCGCAGCGCUGCCUCCCAGGAGAUAGCUGUGUACCUGAAAGAGGCUGUGGGGAACUCAACCAGGAUAGACUACGGCACAGGUCAUGAAGCUGCCUUUGCUGCCUUUCUCUGCUGUCUGUGCAAGAUCGGUGCUCUACGCGUAGAAGACCAGCUCUCCAUUGUCUUCAAGGUGUUCGACAGGUACCUGAGGGUAAUGAGGAAGCUGCAGAAGACAUACAGGAUGGAGCCGGCCGGCAGCCAGGGCGUCUGGGGGCUCGAUGACUUCCAGUUCCUGCCCUUCAUCUGGGGCAGCUCCCAGCUCAUAGACCAUCCAACACUGGAGCCACGGCACUUUGUGGAUGAGAAGGCGGUGAAUGAACACCACCAGGACUAUAUGUUUCUGGAGUGCAUCAAAUUCAUCAAUGAGAUGAAGACAGGCCCAUUUGCGGAGCACUCCAACCAGCUGUGGAACAUCAGCGCUGUGCCAACCUGGUCCAAAGUCAACCAGGGUCUCAUCCGAAUGUACAAGGCAGAGUGUCUGGAAAAGUUCCCCGUUAUUCAGCACUUCAAGUUUGGCAGCCUGCUGUCCAUUCAGCCCGUGAAGCCAUGAGAGAGGAGGCCGCGAGACGCAAGGCAACUGGGGGGAAAAACUCCCUUAACCCCACCCCGUGUCUGCCCGGACCCAUCACUGCGCCUUCGUUAGACAAGACAUGACUCUUCUCUCAGGACUUCCCCCACAGAGCUUCACCACUCCACAUCAGCUCCUUUAAUUUCCAGACUUUUUAGUCUUUUUGGGUGACACUAUACAUUUAACUGCAUCUUCAUAACACAUAUCUUAGGCACUGAAUAACAAUGACAUGAGAUCCACAUAAAGUAUUCCCCCUGAAUUAUUACAUGCUGUCCAUAUGGCAGAGCAUAAUGUAGAUAAUAAUAAUCAGUGAACUCCAAAUGAUUUGAAUAAUGCAUAUUGUAUCGUGGUCAUCCACGAAAGUCACUGCGACAAUGUUGAUCGUUCCAGUGGGAAUGUUUGAGGGUUUGUUUGAGUGCUUUUAAUUUGGUAUGUUUGAUGAUUUGAAUUUCAACUACUAGUCAUACUGCACUCUGUUAAGAUUGGUGUAACACGUGGUGAAUACUGUGUGGCAGGUAUCUCACUCCUAUGUAGUGCUUUUUAUUAAUGUGUCGUGUGCAUUAUGGAGAUGCAGGUGAUGUGCAGUGCUGCCUUAUUUUUUUUAUUCCUUUGAAUUUUGUAUCCUAAUCCUCUGAAACAUUUUGUAUGUGUGAUGUGUGUGUUCAGGAAUGCCUGGCAGUCACCUUCAGCUCAGUACCGUGUGCAUAUUUAUAUCUGUGUGUCUAUUUAUUGAAUCAGAUAUACAUGUACAAUCCAUCUAUGAAGUUAGAUAUAGUAGGGAAGCCUUGUUAGAUUGAUGCAUCUAAAUUGAUUGAAAUGCUAGUUUUCAAGUGAUCCGCUUGGUAUUACAGUGGCUCUUGAUUGACAGAAGUCAUUUUGCACACUGGCAAUGCACUUUGAAAAAGGGAAGGUGGGGUAGUGUGCUUAGUGACUUGGUGACUUGCGCCUUUCUGUUUGUCUUCAGGAAUAUAGGACCACUUACUUUAGUCCCUUGCUUUCCAAACAAGAUUCCAAGAGGCAUUUUGCUUGUAGAGACUGUCCGUUUUAAAGACGGUUUAGUUGCAGACUUUGUAGCUGCUUCCUUGGCUGUGUGAUUAC